AGUCCAUUAAGGACAUUAAAUAUUAUUUGUUAAGUAACAAAUAAUAAUUUUACAGGAAAAUAUCAACGACUGUUUACCAUCAAGUUAAAGUAAUAAACAUGAAUGAAUGAAGACAGCUGACCAUAGCUUUCCCUUUUGACAGAUGUUAUGUGCACACAAAACCCCUGUACUAAUUGUAAUAUCAUGGUAACAACAUUAUAGCUGAAAUCGAACACAAUAGUUAACAAGCAUCUACAUCUACUGUGUGCGAUAAACAAGAAACUGGCAAUUCGUACAGCAGUGUAACAAAUCCCUCUAAAUUAGUUUUUCAGAUGUAGUUUGGUUUAGUUUGCAGAAAGGUUGUGUGUAUUUUCUAGGUUCGAACUAAUACUUCAUGGGAGAAAAAAAACAAACAUAUUUUUUACAAACAACAGGCUACAAACUCCUUGGUUUGUGCUUUGAAACGCGUCUAGUUCAGAUAUCAAUUCUAUUUGCUGAAAGUGUUUAAAUUCGGUGGAUACAUAACGCAUGUUUUUUUUACAGUAGAAGGAGAGUAGUAUAAUAAGAACAAAUGCAAUCUUUUGACAGCAAUUCCAUUGAUUUUUUUAUAAUUCCGUUCAAAUGGUCACGUGUGUACCUCAUCCAAUCAAAUGGUGGUUUGCUCUCAACAUAUUAGCUGACUGGGGCUUUGUGUGGGGGAAGUUACCUCUCCAUUUUCACAGAUUGUUAUUUUGUGAGCGUGUUACUGUAUGUGUGUGUUAGUGUUUUUAUGUGUGUGUGUGUAUGCAUGAGAGUGCGACCCCGCCAUGUCGACAUCCGGCAGUAUGACAGGAUACUACGUUCACUCUCUUAUUGCACCAGUGAAUGAGGAGUCUCGUUUCUCAGGUUCAGGACUCAUCCAGCACACCAGGCCCUCUGUUCUGGCCGCAGACCACACAGAGCUCGGUCGAAGCACAUUCCCCGUAAAGCAACCCGUAUAUGAUGGCUCAGGUUGGGGUCACAUCCCAACGCAUUUCUCCAGUGGUGUAUCAUCGGUGUAUCAGUCGCAUACACAGCCUCCCGUAGCUGGGGAUUACGUGCAGUCUUGGCUGCUGGACUCGCCUUGUGGACUGCCCCUGACUGAGCUACAGGAGGUUCAUCUUCACUAUAAUGCAAACCCCGAUACGCAUAGACCAAAUGAUGAAAGCGCACAGGCCAUUUCGCAUGCUGUACUCCCUCCUCGAGACGUCAGUAACGGAGGAUGUUCUACCGACACAGAGACAUCUGGCCGGACUACAGACACGGGUGGCGAGAUCGAGGAUAAAUCGGGGGCUGAUCCACGAAAGGCUCUUCAGAUGGUGGGAUAUACGGACAACCCUGUGUCCAACUGGCUUCACGCAAGUUCUACGCGUAAAAAACGCUCCCCUUAUACUAAGCACCAGAUCCUCGAGCUGGAGAAAGAAUUUUUAUUUAGCACUUACCUCACGCGCGACCGCAGGUACGAGGUUGCCCGUCUCCUGAACCUCACGGAGAGACAGGUCAAAAUUUGGUUCCAAAAUCGCAGGAUGAAGAUGAAAAAAAUGAACCAAGAUGGAACGAAAGACAAUUGAGAGUAAAGCACUUCGUUUAGGUGAGAAUGAAGGAUGAGCAUUCCCAUUGCUGAAAUGAUUAUGUCGUGAAAUUUUACAUUAAGGCUUGUGUUAUUCUUUUCUAACAAAAUAUAAUUGUCGUCUGUCUUGAAUCAUGCUGGCAACCAUGCGUUUUAUACAUUGAAAACUACUUGUUUGUCAUAGUUCUGUUAUAAUAAAUAUUGCACAGAUCUUUUUCUUUUUCUUUUUUUUUAAUAUACGGAACCUUAAAUAUGACGUAGUUUCUUUACAGCUCAGUAUUUCACUUUUAUUAUGUCUGUAUGAACAUUCUAAAACAUGAAUGAAAUGUGAUAUUCCACUGCUUUAAUAGCUUAAGUUUUCAUGUGUUCUAUAGCAUUUUCCUAAAUUUCGAGUGGGAUGAUUGAGCCCACGUUUAUGUAAAGUUCAUACACUGAGGACCGCAUGAGGUCACGUGCCCUCAGAAGUAUUAUUCUUUAAUUUUAAAUAAUGGUGUAACCAUAAUCUAGUCCAUUCACUACCUAUAUAUACAAAUUUCAAGCGACCAAAAUGUUUUCACCAUAUCAGCUGUUACAGUGUUAGACGGUUGGGUGAAGUUUGUGCACUUCAGGGACUAAGUGAAAACAUUGAGCUGUAGAUAUAUAAGCACUGUACAAAUACCUCAAAGUCCGUUGACCGCCAUGAUUGUGUUUUGUUUAACAUUUCUCAGAUGUCAUUUGUUGAUUAAUUUAUUGAAUAAUA